AUGGGGUCCGAGAUUGCCUGCAGCCUUCACGAGACCUUCAUCACUGGCGCGACCUCGCCCCAAAAGGUGCAAUCCCAGUGGCAAAUGAUGAUGGGUGCCAACAAGCUCAAGGCAGGCACGCAAGUGUACCAGGAAGUCUUCCGCAACAAAGGCUGUGACUUGGAGCUGCAGAUUAACAACUCCUCCAAGCGCCAGCUCCCCGAUUUCGGCACAGGCUGCGAGAGUGUGAUCACCAACGCGGGGCCCACCCUCUUCCUGCCAGCCAAGGGCGGCAUGGAGGUCCUUUUCCAUUCCAGCACAUUUUCGAGCACAGGUUGCUCCUCUGCUGCCAAGCAGAAGGCCUUGGCGGCGCUGCGGUCCAAGCUUCCAAAGCUGGAAGCUGAGCCCUCGAGCGCGGCCGUGGUUUCUUCCAAGUGCUCUGAGAUUUGGUUUUUCCAUUGGACCUUCAAAGAGCAGCUCCCCACCUCCGGGGCCCGCGGGGCGCGCGAGCGCAUGUCGCUGAUGGACAGCUCCGACGCCAGCGCCUGGCAAAAGGCGCUGCAAGGCUACGACGAGGCGCUCCAGGCGGUGGCCAGCAAGAAGCAGGAUCCCAGCAAGCUCGUGGCGCUGGACCAGUGGUUUCGCAGUGCGGCGCCGGGGAAGAACAAGGCGUACCUGGUGAAGGUUUUGGAGUGGAAAUUGUCUCGUGGCACCUUCCGCCCUGGGCUGCUGCAGAAGGCGCAGCUCAACAGCGAGGAGGAGGUCAAGACAAGCUUCCAGAUAGCCCAUAAGCUGCUGAAGGAGGAGAGUCCAGAGCAAGGCGUCAAAGCUGUUAAGGCUAUGACGGCCCUGCAGGGCGUCGGCCCAGUCACGGGCUCUGCGUUGCUGUGCAAGCACUUCCCGAGCCAGGUGGCGUACAUGAGCGACGAGGCGGUGCUGGGCUCCGGGCUCUGUAGCAAGGCCUCCGACAUCAAGUAUGACAUGAAGACCUACGCGCGCUUCAACCAACUCGUCCAGGCCAAGGCCAAGGACCUGGGCUGGAGCGGCGAGGACGUCGCUUGCGCGCUUUGGGCCCAUCGACUGCGAAGCUCGAGUCCAAGUCUCAAGGCGAAGCCGGCAGCCAAGCUGGUUCGCAAGAGCAUCUCCAAGUGAGCCGAGUGUCGGCGCCUCCCGGGCCCCUAGGUGCUUGAAAGGGUGCCCAACCUCUCACCGUU